AUGGCAUUUUCAGAGAACAAGCAGCGCAUGCUUCGCGGUGAGCUCUAUCACGCAUUCACUCCCGAGCUGAGUGGCCAGCGGAGACGCUGUGGUGUUGCCUGCGCGCAGUACAACAAUGCCGGCAACGUGCCCCGUCGGAGGCUCAUUGAGUUAUUGCGGGACGUUAUGGACGACGAUACGCCUCUGCCGCCUCCUGCAGCAACGCCCGAAGAGGACGACGAGCUCUUCAAAGACGACCCCUGGAUUGGGCCGCCAAUUGCCAUGGACUAUGGCUAUAACGUAAAGAUUGGCAAGGGUGUCUUUGUCAACUUCAAUUCCGUGUUUCUGGAUACUUGUCUGAUUGCCAUCGGCGACCGCACCAUGGUCGGCCCAAAUGUGAGCUUCUACUCAGCGAUGCAUCCUCUCGAUCCUGCAAUACGUGACGGGCUUCGUGGGCCUGAACUUGGCAAAGAGAUUCACGUCCAAGAAGACUGCUGGAUAGGUGGCAACGUUGUCAUCUUGCCCGGAGUCACCAUCGGAAGAGGGAGCACUGUUGGAGCUGGUAGCGUGGUGACCAAGGACGUCACCGAGUUCACGGUUGUGGCAGGCAACCCAGCAAAGAUCAUAAGGAAGAUUGAAACGCAAAUGGACCCUGCGCAGCGCAAUGCUGGAGCAAGCGCAUGA